AUUUCCUUUAUACCAACAAAAGAGUAUCCAAAGUCCAACGUGAGAGAGCAGAUGGAAGACCGCUUGCUGGCGACCCUCGCGCGCCACGGUCGCUUCGCCGCCGCCGCCGCCCUCGUCUCCACCGCCCGCUGCACGACCCGCGCCCUCAACUCCCUCCUCGCCGCGCUCUGCUCCCCCACCAAGUCUUCCCCGACGUUCCUCCGCGUCGCCCCCUCCCUCCUCCUCCGCGCCGCGCCGCACGCCGCCCCCGACGCCACCACCUUCCGCAUCCUCACAUCCGCGCUCUGCCGCGCCCGGCGACCCACCGCCGCCGCCGACCUCCUGCGCUGCAUGCCCGCCCUCCUCCUCGACCCGGACCCGCGCCACUGCCGCGCGGUCCUCGCCUCCCUCUGCCACUGCGCCCCUGCCGCUCGGCACGCGCUGGCGUUCCUGGACGACAUGCGCCGGUGGGGCGUGUCACCGAUCCAGUCGGACCACCGCGCCGUCCUCGACGCGCUCCUGCGGGAGGGGAUGGCGGCCGAGGCGUACGAGGUCGUGGCUAGGCAGAUGGACGCCGACGGGGUGGCCCCGGGGCUCCCGGAGUUCGAGCGCGUGCUCCGCGCCUUCCGCGAGGAGGGAUCGUUCGACGCCGUCGAGGAGGCGUUCGACGAAAUGCUCCUGCGGGGGCUCGUGCCGGGGGCGCGCGUCUACGAUGUCUACGUCGGCGCGCUGUGCGACAAGGGGGACCUGGCCGGCGCGCGCCGGAUGCUGGCGUGCAUGGAGCGCGCGGGGUGCCCGCCCGGCGUGACGACGUUCGGCGUCGUGGUCGCCGGGUGCGUCGCUGCUGGGGACGUGGAAGCGGCGAGGGAGGUGGCGCGGGAGGCCGUCAGGCGGGGCCUGCGGUGGGACGCGCCGGCGCUGUCGGAGCUGGCUGGCGCGCUGCGUGGCGGCGGUCACCUCGCGCGGGCGCGGGGGCUGCUGCUGGAGGACAUCCUGCGUGACGGCUGCACUGCCCAGUUGGAUGCAUCGGCGUUUGAGCAUCUCAUAGGAGGAGAAGGAGCGUUGUGUGGCGAGGCUCCUUGCGCGGAGGCCGUCGCCGUAGUGGUCGGCGAGACGCCGACGUCCUUGCAACCGGGCACCGAACGAUGAGGCGAUGAAGUUUGUACUCUACUGCUACCUGCAAUAAUUCCUAGUAAGUAGCAUGCCUGCGGUGCAUUUACAGUGCCAGUUUGCCCGUGCGUCUCCGGCCGGCGAGGUGGCCUCAGCCUCCUCUCUGCUCUGCUCCCCUGCUGCUCUUCCCUCUUCAGCCUACACAAUCUCCGAAGAAACAGCCGGUGAUGCUCUCCAUUGGUUACCGGUAACUGACACAUGGGCACCACCGUUCCGUGGGACCCUCUUGCCAUUGAGAGAAAACACGAAUAGCUAAAAAAAAUGCUAGAACCACGCACGCCGAUCCCCUAGAAACGCCACAGGGAACCCUCACCCCAAACUUCGAGGCGCCGCACGAUGCCGGCAUGAACCUCGCCCCUGCGCCCAACGUCGCUGCCGCCCCCGUCGGAAUCACACCUCGUCACUUCAUACAGUUACCAAGCCGUCCGGAACACAGCUUCACCAUUUGGGUUGAGAAUUGCUACGUAUUCAAGAGCCGCUUGCAAGAAUAUGCACAGAAAGCUGGUCUUCCAACCCAAGAGUACCAUACCCUCAAAGAGGGCCCGUCCCAUGAACCAAUCUUCAAGUCCACAGUUGUCAUUAACAACACCAAGUAUGAUUCCCUGCCUGGAUUCUUCAGCCGAAAAGCUGCAGAACAGUCGGCCGCUGAAGUUGCGCUUAUGGAGAUAGUCAAGUCUGUUCCAGCAACUGAAACCAAAAGCAUCCCAGCAGUACAAGAGACUGGCCUGUGCAAGAAUCUUCUUCAGGAGUAUGCUCAGAAGAUGAAUUACACCAUUCAUCAUAUAUUUGCACUAAACAAGCUUCAGGCGUAGCUCCUUUCAUAUGCACUGUUGAGAUUGGUGGCAUACUAUACAUUGGUGCUGCAGCUAGAACAAAAAAAUAGGCAGAGAUAAAAGCUGCCCGAACAGCUCUUCUUGCAAUCCAGGGUCAAUCUGAAGGUUGUGCAAAUGGUGCCACGAAGUACAUUGUUGUUCAUGGACAAAGAGAGGUUCAAUAGACAGAUAAAAGGCCAACUGAAACCCCCAAGUCACUCAAAGUCAAGAAAAGUGGUGGCAGAAAGAAAUGGAACAAGUGGAAAUUCAUGAGGAAGACCGACCAGAUUGUUGAUGCUGAAAAGGAUGGAGCUAGGGAGGCUGGGGAUGUUCAUGAUUCUGAUGUCCCAAUGCAAGCAACGAUAAUAACAGAGGAGCCAUCCAGAGACACUAUGAUACUGCAUCUCGACGAGGAAGCUAGAAGAGUGGAACUGGAGCUUCUUAGAGAAACUGCAACGCAGCAACCUGAUAAGGAAGCUAGAAGUGUAAAGCAGGGGAUUGCAGUGCUUCUACACUAUGAGGAAGCUUGAAGAGUAGAACAUGACUUAUCUAGAGACACUGCGAUGGUUCAAUCUAACAAGGAAGUUGUAAUGUUGCAACCUGAUGAGGAAGCUAGGAUAAUAGAACUGGAGCCACUCAGAGAUCCUGCAACAGUCCAACCUAAUGAGGAAGCUAGAAGUGUAUAGAACAGGAGUCGCUCAAUUGCGCUGAAGUGGUGAAGCCUAACAUGGAAGCUAGAAGUGUAGAGCAGGAGUCAGCGAGCGGCUACGUAGCAUUGCAAUUUAAUGGGGGUGCUACAGAUGUGAAGGAGGAGCCACCAAGCAAUUCUGUAAUGAUGCAGUGUGAGGAAACAGAAACCAUAAAGCAAGAAGUACCUCGUGGUGAAUUGUUGUGACCUAUCUAGGCCUGUAUUUUUGGUGAACGACAAAUCUGUCUGAACAAGACCAAAAUAUAUGAGAUACAUUGCUGGAGGCAAAUAAGUCAACGGGAGAUAUAGUAUGAGCAUAAAAUAAAUUAUGGUGGUUGACUCCAAUUGUAAGGGCCUUCCAAUUUUUAUAGUGCAUCGACAUGCAAAAAACUGGGGUUUCCAGUUUAGAGAGAAUUCUGGGAAAGAAUAGAUGGGAGCAUGUGAACCAACGUAGUUUAUUUUUUUUCGUGAAUAGGCAGGAGAGCUGCGUAUCUUUCGAUUUAGAAGAAAAAUAACAAAGUUGUUACAACGCGGGUUUUACCGGGUGCACGCACACGGUUCAAGAGGUAGGUAGAUUGUGGUCAGGAAGACUUUGUGUGUCAGAUUUGAGCGGUUGAAUUGCCUGGUUACUGGAUUGUU